UAAAGAGCCACCACAAGCCUCGUCAAGAACAUCACCAAUCCGCUUCUAUUAGGACCUUGGAUUUGCGGAGGCCUGCAUCAGUGUGUUUAUAUGGCGACUUACGAGCUCCUCCCAGAAUAUGGCAAGUGAUACAACGUACCAAAACAGACCGACUAUCGAAAAAAAACCUAACCAGCCGGCUGACUGAGCCGUUUGUAUUGCAAUAAUGGAUUGCGCCAAGGUUGUAAUAGUACCGCUCCUCCGAUGAAUUUGUUUGUCAAGAUGUACUUCAACUUGCCUAUUUUUCUCUACGCUCUGGUCGCCUCAUUACCCACAGUACUCUGCGGCGACAUUACCGCCGGCGGCGUCUGCUCGACAAAUAGCACCCACAUCGACUCGUCUACGCACAAGCUUGUCACUGAAUGCGACGAUAAGACAUUCUGUUCUACCUCCACUGCCUUCUUGAACGGAAAUAAUGGCGUAUGUCGACCGCGGCAGUGCCGACGCGACGAGUUCCCGUUUGGCUAUGGUGUCAGCGACCCCUUGCCGCCACUGUGCGACCAUGGCUCGUUCUGCCCCGACGACGGGAGCGGAUGUCAAGGUGUGCGGAGUGUAGGCGAUUCGUGCGAGAUGAACCGCGACGAGCAAUGUGCGCCACCCAAGGAAGAUGUCACGCUCGCGAGCAACCAAAACUUCUAUGGUGCGGUUUGCUUGAACUCGCUCUGCAUGUACGUAAUAUUUUCCUGCGCCGCCGGAUGCGAGGCUGACAGCCGGCGUAGGUGGGCCAACGUGACUCUCGGCCAAGGAUGCAUCGUCGAUGAUACGACGUACGUUGAUGUCGGGUCUGAUGGCCAACAGUCUGGGAAUCGUAUCGUGAGGCACAACUGUCGCACACCCCAACUCUACUGCGAUACUACUGCGUUGCAGUGUUUUUCAACGAAAUUGCUAGGCUCAGAUUGUACGAUGGACCAAGAAUGUCGUUCGUACAAUUGCGUUGCAAGCACUUGUAUCGAUCCGCCGGGCAUUCCACGCGAAGUAAAAUCUUGGCAAUACGCCGUUACAAUUGUCGUGGUUGUUGUUUCCAUGGCUGUGACGGCGACGAUGCUUGUCAUGAUUCACCAGCGAUUGCGAUUACGACAACAUCGGGAGCUUCGGGAGUAUUACUACGAGCAGCUUAGGUAAAUCCU